CCUCCGCCCCGCCCCUUUCUCGGCGAACCUAACCUUACUUUAACCACAACAAACAAACAACAUUCCACACCUGUACCUUAAGUCAUCAAUAGUUAAUCACUCUCGGCAUGGGUCUGCUUACUGUUCUCAAGAAGUUGAAGGAGAAGGAGAAAGAAAUGCGUCUCUUAAUGUUAGGAUUAGAUAACGCUGGUAAAACCACAAUUCUGAAGAGGUUCAAUGGUGAAGACAUUGAUACUAUUUCACCUACCUUAGGAUUCAACAUUAAAACUCUGGAGCAUCGAGGAUAUAAACUGAAUGUAUGGGAUGUGGGAGGUCAGAAGUCCUUAAGGUCUUACUGGCGCAAUUAUUUCGAGUGCACUGAUGGCCUUAUUUGGGUCGUGGAUAGCGCUGACAAACGUCGUCUUCUUGAUUGCCGGAAGGAAUUACACCAACUCCUAGAAGAAGAGAGGCUUUCUGGGGCAACAUUGCUAGUUUUUGCAAACAAACAAGACUUAGCUGGUGCCUUAUCAUUUGAAGAAAUUCGAGAUGUUUUAGAUCUAUCUAGUAUCAAAACUCAUCAUUGGCAGAUCAUUGGAUGCAGUGCAGUCACAGGUUCAAGUUUGCUGGAAGGCAUCAACUGGCUUAUUGAUGACAUUUCUGCUCGAAUAUUCUCCCUUGAAUAAUCAAUCAAAAUGUGUAUCUAUAUCUGUGUGUAUCCUACUUACUAAGAAAUCAUCUCCAAAAUGUGAUAUCCUAUUUUAGUUAAGUUUUUUUUUUUUUUAAUUAUUACAGAUCCACUUUUAACAAUAAGACAUUUUUCACAUUUAAUCUAAUUUAUUAUUACAAGAGUAAAAUGUAAAAUUUUAGUACAUUUCUACUUUGUUUUCUUG